AUGAAGAAGAAGAUCAGUGAGGAUGAAGAGGAGAUGAGCCAGGAUGAAGACAACUGGGAGAAAGACGUUGAGGAUCACGAAUUCGUGAUACAGGAUAAGACAAAUCCGGCAAUGGUCAGACUCUGUCGCUCCGACCUCGAUGACCCCAAGCACGAACAAUGGGCAUAUAUUAUCCACGCAAAAUGCACGCUUGACGAAAAAACAGUGGCACACUGUUCUGCCACUGUGGUCUUCAGAGAGUCGAUCAGGGACGAAUUCUGGUAUCACCUGGAUAGAGAAAUCGCAGAUACAUUGGAUAUUGCUUUCAAGAUCUUUGAUCGAUACGGGGCUCUGCAGCAAAAGUUCCAUUCACAACCUGUCCAAAGAGGAAGCGGCGCGUGGGGAUACGAACUCGACACUGGCGUCCUCUUCAUCAUCGAAUUGCUUCACGUUACAGCAAGAAGCCUGCAUGGAGUUGGACUGGGGAAAACGACGGUCUCCCUAGUGUUGCAAAAAGCUCAAAGUUUGGUAGAAGAUAAGAAAUCUGGCCACUGGACUACAAAGUCGAAUCGGACUGUCGAACGCGCCUGGUCCUUGCAUGCCCUUACACUGCCUGGCUGGCUGCACGAAGACACCAAAACAGAAAUCGAAGGGAAGUCAACCCGGCAAUGUCGGGAAAUCAGGUCCAAGGCUGUGGACGCAGCUGUUGGCUUCUGGAGAUCAUGCGGAUUCCGCCGAAUUGGAGCUUCGAGUUGUGCAUGUUGUCUCGAAACAAAAACCAUUCCCAAUCAACGUACAAUUCUAGACCAACUCAGCAGGAACACUGAUGCUGACCAUGGCCUAUUAACUCAGAAAACGCGGGACUAUCUCCAGAGUGCCGGACAAAAAGCUGGGAUUACGACCGUGGUUAGAAACCUCCUGGACAGGGCAAAGAUGUACGGCACAAAGGCCGGCAAGGAAGUUUCAAUUUUUGAGUCAUCUGAGUACUCGCCUCCAGAGGAAGAGCUCCCACGUCUGCCGGCCUGCCGCAACGAUCGCGAAUUCGGUUUCGUAGCUUCGAUGUGGGGGAUUUACUCACCGACCUUCAGUAUCUUUGACCACCUCUUUUAG